AUGUCUCGUCUGUUCCGCUUCUCUGACACAGCGUCGAGCGGCGUCACAAAUCGCUCCGUUUUCAUCGAAGAAAUGGACGAUGAUUUCGACGACGAUGAUCAACUUCCUCAGAGCUACGCUAGCACGUCGCGCAAUAGAGUUCCCGACUUGGACACGCUGCUGCGGGCUGAACGCGAGAUCCAGGUGAAACAAGAGGUCGUGGAUGAUUUUGAAGAUUCGACCAACGAUUUCAUGGCGCCAGCUGCGUCGUUUGGAUAUUGU